CUGAUUCUGCGCAUUAGCGCUUCCGGGAAAUGUGCUCCAAAAAUAUAAAUAAAUAUCUUGCAUUAAAAACAAAUUUACUGCUGUAACAUAGAUCGACUACUAUUCAAAAGACGUCUUAUCGAAUUUUAGUUACUGCGCCUUCAGUAUGAGACCCUUAACAGACGAGGAAACGAAAGCAUUCUUUGAGAAACUUUCAAAAUAUAUUGGAGAGAGCAUUAAGCAACUGAUUGACCGACCAGAUGGCGCUUACUGUUUUAGGCUUCACAAUGACAGAGUGUUCUAUGUACGAGAAGACCUCAUGAAAAAAGCAGCUCAUGCUUCGAGGGAAAAUCUUGUGAGUUUCGGAACCUGUUUCGGCAAAUUCACCAAAUCAGGAAAAUUCCGUCUUCAUGUAACAGCAUUAGAUUUCCUCGCCCCAUAUGCUAAGUUUAAAAUUUGGGUAAAGCCUAGUGCUGAGCAGCAGUUCCUAUAUGGGCACCACAUCAUGAAGAAUGGUCUAGGCAGAAUAACAGAGAACACUCAACAAUACCAGGGCAUUAUAGUGUGUGCAAUGAAUGACACUCCAUUGGGAUUUGGAGUUGCAGCCAAGUCAACACAAGAAUGCCGACACACAGACCCAAUGACUAUAGUAGCAUUCCACCAGGCAGAUGUAGGUGAAUACAUUCGGAGUGAGGAACACUUACUUUGAUCAUAUAGGAUCAUAUGGAAAACAUUUCUGUUUGGGAUGAUGGGGCAUACUCAUUCCCGUCACUUCAUAUGGUACAAUCAUGAGAUAUGCCAUUAUUUAAUGACGGAAAGAUUUUUAGUGAACUGAUUGACACGUCUGGUGUCAAUAUAUCCUGUAUUUUUACAACAUUGAUACAGAAUUCAUACACUCUAAGUCAUUGUACCAUGCCCAUUGACAUCUGAAACAUCUUGUGUUAAAAUACAAUUCAAAAGCCUUAUAUCCCAAGUAUCACAUCUUCUGUGAAGGUGCAAGGCUUCAGGCACCAUCCACGUCAUUGUUCCUUCUUUAUUUCUGGAUGGUGUCUGGACCUUUGCAAGGACGUAAGGACGAUCAGAGUACAAUUGAAUAAAAAAAUAUGAAGAUAUUAUGCCAUCGAAUUGAUGGAUUUCUUGGGUACAAUAUUUUUUAUAUUUAGUUGAAUCAUUUAGUAACCUACCAUAUCUGAAAAUUUGUCAUAAUGUGAUACCAAAAGCCUUCAGGUUUUCAAAUAUAAACAUGGGAAUACAUAUAUGUGUAGUGUGUACAAUACAAGGAAAUUUUUUCACUAUUUAAAAAAAAGAAUUAUAAGCAUAUUUAUAAGAAUGGAAAUAUAAAUGAGAAUAAGAUAAGGAGCUUUUUUGUGUUCUUUUUAUUAGUCUUAGUUGCUGAAAUAUUGUAUUUGUAAUUAUUACCACCUUGCAGGGGUCUGUCGUGGCGGGCCGAAACGUUCCCUGGGAAAUGAGCUAUCAUUCAGUGUGUAUAAUUUUCGUUCAGUGACAAUCUGAUCUUGGUAUUUCAACCCUGGGCUUAAGGUGGUAAUAAUACUAAUAAAUUCAUUUCAGC